AAGUCGACUUGGCUGCUGAUUAUUGCGAAUUUUGUAAUUUUUCAUUCUUUUUUUUCUUUUUUGACUAAACUAUGAACUCGUUAGUUUUGAUCUUACGCGAAGUAAACUGAUUGUAGAUUAUUUUAUUGGAAUAUAAGUGGAUUUUAUAAAUUUUGUAUAUCCAUUGAUUUAUUUUUAUCCAAGUGUCAAAAUCUUUAACUUUUUUUUUUGUUCGCGCUAAAAACAUCUAUGAUGGACAAACUUUAAAUUUUUCAAGUUUCUUGGAACUUUAACAAAUUCGGGGUAACAAUCGGAUAUUUAAUGUUUGACGGGAACCACGUUCACCCUGGUGAAAUCAAAUGGCACUCCCGUGUUACGUUUCAACUAGUCAGCCUCGUAAAGAAAUUCUGUACACGCCUAUGCCAGUAGGCAAUAAAAUGACAGCCGAAAAUGGAACUAAGAAGUGUUUGGAAGUUUCGUCGCCGCCUGAGCACGAAUCAGCUGAUUACGAAAAAGCCGCGUCCGCAGCCGGUUUUGGACUUUUUAAUUAUCUUCUUUUGCUCGCCGCCAUACCUGCCGCUUGGAGUAGUUUAUUUAAUAUGGGAAGUGCCACGUUUAUUUUAGUCGCUGCCGAAUGCGAUCUUAGUCUUACCACUAUGCGUAAGGGAGUCCUUCUAUCGGUUGUCUAUAUAGGUAUGAUGACCACUGCUUUCUUGUGGGAAUUGCUGAAGGAUCGUGUGGGAAGACGUUUACCCGUACUAUAUGGCUUACUGGCUAAUGCAUGUUGCAAUAUAAUAAUUAGUAUGUUAAAUUCAUACCAGUUGAUAGUCGUACUUAAAUUUGUUACAGGAUUUUUAGUGACCGGUCCUUUGGAUAUGUUGACAACGUAUUUAAUGGAAUUUCAUGGUGCAAAGAACAAAGCACUUUUUGCAAAAUGGAGCGGAAUUCUCUUUGGUUUAGGAAAUAUUUUGCUGCCAGCUCUGGCUUUUUACAUAGUACCUCAAUCCUGGUCGUUUACUCUGAUUCAGGAUCAAUUAGUUUAUAAUUCGUGGCGGAUCUAUCUUUUGAUCUGCUCGCUUCCUUCGGUCGUGGGACUCGUGACGAUUUCCAUACUUCCGGAAAGUCCGCUGCAGCUGAUGAAAAGCGGAAGGAGCGACGAGGCGUUGAAGUUAUUCAAGAAAAUGUAUUCAAUGAAUACGAGAAAGUCUGCUGAUACUUUUCCGAUAAAAGAAUUGCUCCCCGAGGAGAAGGAGGUGGAGUGUAUAUCAGUGAGAAAAAGGAAUUCACGAAAAAUACUAAAAGAAUGGACGGAAACGAAAGUGCUCUUCUCUAGACCCAACAAUUUUAUUUUCAUUGGCGUACUUUUCAUUCAAUUUUCCAGUAUGCUCGGAUCCAACACUCUACGCCUAUGGUUACCACAGCUGUUCUCAUUGUUAGGAAACUUCGUUACCGACUAUCCCGAACGCGGUAUGUUAACCAUGAGCGAGACGCUGCGUUAUCAAGCAAUGACGUCGCCAGGGAAUCAGGCGACAAUUAAUUCCACGAUCACUUGCAUUCCGCCUAACUUGGAACCGAUUAUUCUCCUGAAUUCAACUAUAAUCACUACUGCAACUGUCUUUGGCGCUAUUUUUGCUGGUCUCGUCGGCACCGAAUCCACGCGACGAAGAAUCAUAUUGGUUUUGACGUUGGCCGCUGGCGCUGCGAGCAGCUUUGGAAUUAAUUGGGGCCAAUCCGUACCGUCGAUGCUGGUCAUGGCGGCGUUAAUUAUAUCGACAGCACGAAUUGCAAGUGACACCGUUAACGUGUCGAGUAACAAAGUCAUUCCGAAUACAUUGCGAGCCACUGCCGGAAGUCACGUGACAGCUGUUGGACGGCUUGGUGUUGUUUUUGGAAGUCUGAUGUUUCCGAUUUUUUUAGAAAUUGGUUGCCUACCUGCACUUAUGUUUUUAGGAUCCAUUCUUACAGCAUCAUCAGUCUUGUCGAUCUUCUUGGAGAGAGGGCCCACGGACUAACAGACAGCUGGACUUCACUGUUAAAAUAAACCCAGUCUAGUGCAUCGAUCGUUUUUUAGAUAGAAAUUGCAAUGACGGCUCAAUUUGUUCCUGAUCCUCGUGUCGGAGUCUGUACUGAAUAUCAAAUAUUUAUUUCAUGUUUUGUACGUCGAACUGAUAACAAGCAUGGGGUAGGUAAUAUUGGCCAUCAUACGCGAAAUGAUAUUUCAGAAUCUUUUUGGGGUAAUUAUCAACUAUACAAGAAUAGGAAUGUUUUGGCCGUUAGACAAAAAAGCCUUUAGUCUAUGUUAAUAAAUGGCUGUAUUUUAUUUAUUUGAAAGAAAUAAGUUCCCAAUGGGCUAUUUCAAAAUUAACGAAUAGACGUACAGUCGAUGAUCGAUCCAACGAGCGUUGAGAUUUUCAAUGGGAUUUUUAUAUUUAAAAAAAUGUCGAAUCGAACGCUUGAUCACUCGAUUGAAUUGCAGUUGCGUUAUCAGGAAUCUCAAUUUUCUUUUUAAGCCCACUUUCCCUUAUUUCUUAUAACAUAAAUUUGUCUGAAUCCAUCCAAUAUCUGUACUUAGCUUAGGUCGUUAAUGUGAUAAAUUCGCUCUGUGAAUUCCUAGUAAAAUGAAUAAGGUGUUGUAUAAAGUUGUUUAAAGAAUAAAAUUAAAAAUUAAAAAAAAAAAUUGAUAACAUUACGUAUGCUGAGGUAACAAAAGACUUUUUUUUAUUU